AUGGCCGAUAAUCUUCACAAUGCCCCAAUAGUUCUUGAUAACGGAUCUGGAACAAUCCGUGCUGGGUUUGCAGGAGACGACCUACCCAAAUGCUUCUUUCCCUCAUUUGUUGGGCGACCAAAGCAUCUAAGAGUCCUUGCGGGCGCACUCGAGGGUGAUAUAUUUAUUGGAGAUAGAGCACAGGAACUACGAGGACUAUUAAAGAUUCGGUACCCCCUAGAACAUGGGAUUGUGACAGACUGGGAUGACAUGGAAAGAAUAUGGGAAUGGGUGUACGGAGAAGGCUUGAAGACUCUGAGUGAAGAGCAUCCUGUCUUACUGACAGAACCACCGCUCAACCCACGAAGUAAUCGGGAUGUAGCUGCACAGAUCCUAUUUGAGACGUUCAAUGUUCCAGCGCUCUAUACAUCAAUACAAGCCGUACUCUCUUUAUAUGCCUCUGGGAGGACAACCGGUAUUGUCCUUGAUUCAGGAGAUGGUGUAUCACACGCAGUUCCUGUGUACGAGGGUUUUGCCAUGCCGAGCUCAAUUCGACGGAUAGAUGUAGCGGGACGAGAUGUUACUGAGCACUUACAGCUCCUACUACGUAAAUCUGGCUAUGUUUUCCACACUAGUGCCGAAAAAGAGGUAGUCAGGUUAAUCAAGGAGAAGGUUAGCUAUGUCGCUACUAGUCCUAAGUUGGAAGAGAAGGAAUGGGCUGCCUCUGUUGGCAAGACUGGAGACGGUAAGAGUGUCGAGUAUACAUUGCCUGACGGCAACAGAAUUAAGAUUGGCGCCGAGAGAUUCAGAGCACCUGAAAUCCUUUUUGACCCUGAGAUAAUCGGGCUGGAAUAUCCUGGUAUACACCAGAUUGUCGUUGAUGCUAUUACUCGAACAGAUCUUGAUCUACGAGCUUCCCUUUUUGGGAAUAUUGUCCUGUCAGGUGGUAGUACACUCACCAAAGGCUUUGGAGAUAGACUUUUACAGGAAGUUCAACGACUGGCGGUGAAGGAUAUGAAAAUAAAAAUAUUCGCUCCACCCGAGCGAAAGUAUUCGACUUGGAUUGGAGGUAGCAUCUUGGCUGGACUCAGCACGUUCAGAAAAAUGUGGGUGAGUAUCGAUGACUGGCACGAGAAUCCAGAAAUAAUACAUACAAAAUUUAAUUAA